AAGUGUCCAAACACAGAGAAAAACUCCUGCUGAAGCGACUGAUCUCCACACUGUUAUAAAGAUGGCGUUUAUUAAAGAGGAGAGUGAAGAUAUGAAGAUUGAAGAAACAUUCACAGUCAAACAGGAAGAUCUGCAGGAACAAACAGACCUAAUUAAAGACUAUGAGGAGAGUAAAGAGGAGGAACAGCAUGUCAAAAUUGAGGACAAAGUUCAUUUAAAGACUGAUGGUAUUUUAAAAGUGAGAGACAAGAGUUGUUUUACCUGCACUCGGUGUGGCAAGAGUUUCAGCCAAGCAUCAUACCUUACUAAACACAUGAUGAUCCACACUGGAGAAAAACCAUUCACAUGCCCUCAGUGUGGGAAGAGUUUCAGCCAAUCAUCAUACCUUACUAAACACAUGAUGAUCCACACUGGAGAGAAACUAUUCACAUGCCCUCAGUGUGGGAAGAGUUUCAACCAAUCAUCAAACCUAAAUCAACACAUGAUGAUCCACACUGGAGAGAAACCAUUCACAUGCCCUCAAUGUGGGAAGAGAUUCAGCAAAUCAUCAUCGCUUUAUAGACACAUGAAGAUCCACACCGGAGAAAAACCAUUCACAUGCACUCAGUGUGGGAAGAGUUUCAGCCAAUCAUCAUUCCUUAAUAAACACAUGAGGAUCCACACUGGAGAGAAACUAUUCACAUGCCCUCAGUGUGGGAAGAGUUUCAACCAAUCAUCAAACCUAAAUCAACACAUGAUGAUCCACACUGGAGAGAAACCAUUCACAUGCCCUCAGUGUGGAAAGAGUUUCAACCAAUCAUCAAACCUAAAUCAACACAUGAUGAUCCACACUGGAGAGAAACCAUUCACAUGCCCUCAGUGUGGGAGGAGUUUCAACCAAUCAUCAAAUCUAAAUCAACACAUGAUGAUCCACACCGGAGAAAAACCAUUCACAUGCCCUCAGUGUGGGAAGAGUUUCAGCCAAUCAUCAUACCUUACUAAACACAUGAUGAUCCACACUAGAGAAAAACCAUUCACAUGCCCUCAGUGUGGGAAGAGUUUCAGCCAAUCACCAUACCUUACUAAACACAUGAUGAUCCACACUGGAGAGAAACCAUUCACAUGCCCUCAGUGUGGGAAGAGAUUCAGCAAAUCAUCAUCGCUUUAUAGACACAUGAAUGUCCACACCAGAGAAAAACCAUUCACAUGCCCUCAGUGUGGGAAGAGUUUCAGCCAAUCAUUAUACCUUACUAAACACAUAAUGAUCCACACUGGAGAAAAAACAUUCACAUGCCCUCAAUGUGGGAAGAGUUUCAGCAAAUCAUCAUCGCUUUAUAGACACAUGAAGAUCCACACCGGAGAAAAACCAUUCACAUGCACUCAGUGUAGGAAGAGUUUCAGCCAAUCAUCAUUCCUCAAUAAACACAUGAGGAUCCACACUGGAGAGAAACCAUUCACAUGCACUCAGUGUGGGAAGAGUUUCAACCAAUCAUCAAACCUUAAUCACCACAUGAUGAUCCACACUGGAGAGAAACCAUUCACAUGUACUCAGUGUGGGAAGAGUUUCAGCAAAUCAUCAUCGCUUUAUAGACACAUGAAGAUCCACACCGGAGAAAAACCAUUCGCAUGCCCUCAGUGUGGAAAGAGUUUCAACCAAUCAUCAUACCUUAAUAAACACAUUAGGAUCCACACUAGAGAGAGAUCAUUCACAUGCACUCAGUGUGGGAAGAGUUUCAUCCACUCAUCCCACCUUAAUAGACACAUGAGGAUCCACACUGGAGAGAAACCAUUCACAUGCACCAAGUGUGGGAAGACUUUCAGCCAAAUAUCAUCCCUUAAUCAACACAUGAGGAUCCACACUGGAGAGAAACCAUUCACAUGCACCCAGUGUGGGAAGACUUUCAGACAAAUAUCAGCCCUUAGCAAACACAAAAAAAUCCACACUGGAGAGAAAUCUUUCACAUGCACUCAGUGUGGGAAGAGUUUCAGCCAAUCAUCAUCCCUUAAUAGUCACAUGAGGAUCCACACUGGAGAGAAACCAUUCACAUGCACUCAGUGUGGGAAGAGUUUCAGCACAUCAUCAUCCCUUAAUCUACACAAGAUGAUUCACACUGGAGAGAAACCAUUCACAUGCACUCUGUGUGGGAAGAGUUUCAUCCAAUCAUCAUCCUUUAAUCUACACAUGAGGAUUCACACUGGAGAGAAACCCUUCACAUGCACCCAUUGUAGGAAGAGUUUCAUCCGCUCAUCAUCCCUUGAUCUACACAUGAUGAUCCACACUGGAGAGAAACCCUUCACAUGCACCCAGUGUGGGAAGAGUUUCAGCCAAUCAUCACACCUUAAUCAACACAUGAUGAUCCACACUGGAGAGAAACCCUUCACAUGCACCCAGUGUGGGAAGAGUUUCAGCCAAUCAUCACACCUUAAUCAACACAUGAUGAUCCACUCUGGAGAGAAACCCUUCACCUGCACUCUGUGUGGGAAGAGUUUCAGCCAAUCAUCAUACCUUAAUCUACACAUGAUGAGCCACACUGGAGAGAAACCAUUCACAUGCACUCAGUGUGGGAAGCGUUUCAGCAAAUCGUCAUCCCUUAAUCUACACAUGAGGAUCCACACUGGAGAGAAACCUUUCACAUGCACUCAGUGUGGGAAGAGUUUCAGCCAAUCAUCACACCUUAAAAAACACAUGAGAAUCCACACUGGAGAGAAACCAUUCACAUGCAUCCAGUGUGGUAAGAGUUUUAACUGCUCAUCAUCCCUUAAUCAACACAUGAGAAUCCACACUGGAGAGAAAUCAUUCACAUGCACUCACUGUGGGAAGAGUUUCAACCAACCAUCAAACCUUAAUCACCACAUGAGGAUCCACACUGGAGAGAAACCAUUCACAUGCACUCAGUGUGGGAAGAGUUUCAGCAUAUCAUCAUCCCUUAAUCUACACAUGAGGAUCCACACUGGAGAGAAACCUUUCACAUGCACUCAGUGUGGGAAGAGUUUCAGCCAAUCAUCACACCUUAAAAAACACAUGAGAAUCCACACUGGAGAGAAAUCAUUCACAAGCACUCAGUGUGGGAAGAGUUUCAGCAAAUCAUCAUCCCUUAAUCUACACAUGAGGGUCCACACUGGAGAGAAACCAUUCACAUGCACUCUGUGUGGGAAGAGUUUCAGCCAAUCAACAAGCCUUAAUGAACACAUGAAGAUCCACACCGGAGAGAAACCAUUCACUUGCACUCAGUGUGGGAAGAGUUUCAUCCGCUCGUCAUCCCUUAAUAUACACAUGAGGAUCCACACUGGAGAGAAACCAUUCAAAUGCACUCAGUGUGGGAGAAGUUUUAGCAAAUCAUCAUCCCUUAAUCUUCACAUGAUGAGCCACACUGGAGAGAAAUGAUUCACCUGCUCCUAAGCCAUGGUCACACUGGACUUUUCUCCCCAUAGACUUCCAUUUAUAUGCACGGGAAUGCUACAGACCGGAAACGCAAGUUCUUGCAUCAAGUUUCGCAGUUCACUACCUUGCAAAGUUCAAGCUUGGUGAACUCUGACCUGCGAAAUCGCAUCACUUGACUGUGUCAGACCAAUCGAAGAUCAAAACAUGACCUCGCUGGACCAAAAUGUAAAAUAUGGACCAAUCGCUCACUUUUUUUUAAAUGUCUAAUCAUCUUGUUUGAUCCUGCCCCUUUUCGCAGAGCUGUACAACAGAAUUUUGCAUGCUCAAACUCUAGUGUGACCGCAGAUUCAGUGUGGGAUGAGUUUCACCAACUCCUCAGACCUUAAACACAUGAAGAUCCACACUGGUGUAAAAGAGUAUAUGUGCUUGAGUGUGAAAAGAUUUAUUACAGCUCCAAAAUUGAAACUGCACCAGACAAUUCACACUGGAGAGACCGUACAAGUGUUCACACUGUUACAAGAGGUUUAAUCAGUGAAAACAUAUGAAAACACAGAAGAGGAUUCCCACUGGAGAGAAACUGUACAGAUCUGAUCAGUGUCUACAGAGUUUCGCUCAUUCGGCGCAGCUUAAGAAACACAUGGACAAAAAGUUGCCCACAUGACAUAAAUGCAGCAAAACAUUUUCACAUGUGCAAAGGAUGUUUUAUGUCUGAAUAAUUUUUGAAAAGGCUGAGUGACGGUAUACUGUUUUCCAACACUCCUACAUUGCAGUAGGUGGGGUUGUAAAUGUGUUGCGUUCCUCGCGUUUACCGUAAACACGAUGGCGGCUGAGAGAAGAACAGUUUCAUAAACAUCUGGCAAACAGCACGUCUGCGGCUUAAAAUCUCUUUGAAAUUUAUUGUACAGGUGCGGAUACAUUUGUACUCCACUCUCUAGUGUAUUCAUGUAGCUAGUGUUGUUUUAGAUGAUGUUCUUUGUCUGAAUCCCUGAAUGAGAAACAAAUCACUGUGAAGACACCGCACAUCAAAGAAGGUGGAGCUCCAGGAUGGUUAGUUUGCAGUAUACCAGGGCCUCAAGUUAAGGAAGCCCAUUCAAUUGUCCUGUGUUGCAUGUUUUAUUAGUGAAGUUUCUUUAUUUUUAGGUUCAAGAUUCUUUCUAGUUUACUACAUUUACUUUUUUGAGUAGAAUAUAAACAUGAUGAAUAUUUUCUGAUUUAGGCAGAGCGACAGGUAUUAAGUUUUACAAAAUUAAUACACUGUGAUGAUCCCAAGACUCCAGAUUGGAGUAUGUGGUAAAUCCUGAUUGGAUGCCUGCAUUACUCCUCAAUAGGUUUAUAAAAGUUGUUGUGUUAGCUUCCCCAGGACGCUGUGGCUACUCAGGAGUCCUCAUGUCAAGACCUGCCAUCUCAUUGACUCUUUAACCUUAUGGUUUAAUUUUGCAUUACUUUUAUCAUGUAGUUAAAGUGUUGUGAUCAUAUCCUAAUUUUUUUAUCUUCAUUUUUAUCCCUAGACAUUUGUUGGUUGCUUUGAUUGAUUGUUCUAUGAGUUACAUUUUGUAAUAAAUAAUUAGCAUUCAGACUAUUUUGUUGACUCAUGUCUCUUUUAUGUUGCGACU